GGAGGGCGGAUCAUGGCCGGGAUGCGUAGGCUGGAGCUGGCGGAGGCCCUGCAGCUGGGGCCGGGCUGGCGGCACGCGUGCCACGCGCUGCUCUACGCGCCGGACCCCGGGCUGCUCUUCGGCCGCUUCCCGCUGCGCUACGCCGUGCUGAUGCAGAUGCGCUUUGACGGGCGCCUGGGCUUCCCCGGCGGCUUCGUGGACUUGCACGACAGCAGCCUGGAGGAGGGGCUGAACCGCGAGCUGCGCGAGGAACUGGGCGAGGCCGCGGCCGCCUUCCGCGUGGAGCGCGCCGACUACCGCAGCUCGCACGCCGGGUCCCGGCCGCGCGUCGUGGCGCACUUCUACGCCAAGCGCCUGACCCUGGAGCAGCUGACUGCGGUGGAGAUGCGCGCGCCGUGCGCCCGGGACCACGGGCUGGAGGUGCUGGGCCUGGUGCGGGUGCCCUUGUAUACCCUGCGGGAUGGUGUGGGAGGCCUGCCUGCCUUCCUGGAGAAUACCUUUAUUGGAAAUGCACGGGAACAGCUGCUGGAAGCCCUCCAGAACCUGGGACUGCUGGAACCUGACUGUUUGGCACGCCUGAAGAUUUCAGCUCCUCCCUAGAGGCUGCCCUCCAUGGACCCUCCAUGGAACCUGCCUGAGAUCAGGGCCUUUGUAUUGGGGAGGGAGGAAGGAAAAGGGGAAUGUUUUUUCUUCUAAGCCUGAUAAGAUGAUAAUAUAUUAAAAGAAAAAUGUGUGUAAUAUGUUCUGAGCA